AUGGCUCCGAGUGCGCGAGGCUGGCAGAUGAUCGAGAUCGUCACCGUUUUGGUGGCCAUGUGUUUUAUCUCAGUCGUGUUGAGAGUUGUCGCCCGUUUGCAAAGGAGAGUUGGAUUUGGUGUGGAUGACUAUCUUAGUGUCAUAUCCAUGGUGUUGAUGAUUGCCAUGCUCAUAGAGCUGGGGCUAUGGUGCUCUAUCGGAGGAAACGGGGCCCACGUUAAAGAUCUCGAUGCCGAUACCUUGAUGAACUACUAUAAGAUCUUCCUCGCCAACCAAUUCACCUACUUCCUCCUCUGCCCCGCUAUCAAAGUCUCCAUAAUAUGCUUCUACCGCCGCGUAUUUACAACCCCACGCUUCCAAACCUUCACCUUUGGCCUAAACUGCCUCAUCGGCGCAUGGGGAACGGGAAUCUUCCUCGCCUGCGCGGGCCAAUGCCGUCCACUACGCGCAUACUGGGACCACAGCAUCGAGGGCCAAUGCUUCGAUGCAAACCUCUUCUUCAUCGUCAACCAAGCGUUCAACGUCCUCAUGGACUUUGUCAUUCUCGUCCUCCCAAUCCCAAUGAUCUGGAAUCUACAUCGUGCCUGGCAAGAUAAGCUCGCGCUGAAUGGUGUCUUCGCGCUGGGUACCUUUGUCUGCUUUGCCAGUAUCUACCGGAUCGUCGUGCUCUUCUGGAUUAGUCCGUCUGAUCCUACGUACACCGUUUACCAGGCUACCCUCUGGACACAUGUUGAGCCCUCUGUUGGCUUGAUCUGUUCUUGUCUCCCGAUUAUUCGUGGACUCUUCCCGGCUCUGAAGCUGAAGAAUCGAUCGAAUCGCAGCGAUCGCCCGUAUUAUAUUAAUACCGAUAUGAGCAAUUCCAAUUUCCUGUCUAAGUCGAGUCCGCGAUCCCCGGAUUUGGAGUAUGUGAAAAUGGAAGCGGGUAUGUAUAAUGCGCGGAUCGAGCGUACCGGCGGUGUGAUGGGUCGUGGGAGGCUUUUAGGGGAUGAUUUGCAUCCGUUGAAUAUCAAGGUUCAGACUGAUAUUGCGAUUACACCGGAGAGUGACUCUAAUGCGUCUGAGGAUGUGCAAGUCCAGCGAGAGUGA